GGUGACGGGGGAGAUCAGAGCCAUGGCAGGAGGAAGCGGAGGAAGAAACCUAGAGCAAACGCCGACGUGGGCGGUGGCUGUCGUUUGCUUUGUUUUAAUCUUAAUUUCUAUUAUCAUUGAGCACAUCAUACAUCUUAUAGCAAAGUGGUUGAAGAAGAAGAAGAAAAUAGCUCUGUACGAGUCAUUGGAAAAGAUCAAAUCAGAGCUGAUGUUAUUGGGGUUCAUAUCGUUGCUGCUGACGGUAGGACAAAGUCUUAUAACAAGAACAUGCAUAUCAGAACAAGUGGCGAACACGUGGCACCCCUGCAGUGACGAAUUAGAUGAAGAGGAGGAACAAGCCGCCGAAGAUUCUGAAACCACUGGCCGGAGAUUACUGGCGGCGUUACUUGAUCCUGAUAGUGCAACUAGCCGUCGGGUUUUGGCUGCCGGAGGAGGAGAUGACAAUUGUCCCGAGGGGAAAGUAGCGUUUGUUUCUUCAGACGGUAUUCAUCAGCUGCAUAUAUUCAUCUUCGUGCUGGCUUGUUUUCAUGUGCUUUACUGCAUUCUCACUCUGGCUUUGGGUCGUGCCAAGAUGAGAAGGUGGAAGCGAUGGGAAGAGGAAACAAGAACUCUUGAAUACCAGUUUACACACGAUCCAGAGCGAUUCAGAUUUGCAAAGGAUACGUCAUUUGGAAGAAGGCACUUGAGCUGUUGGACUAAACAUCCUCUCCUCAUUUGGAUUGUUUGUUUCUUUAGACAGUUCGUGAGGUCAGUUAUAAAAGUAGAUUACUUAACCCUGAGACAUGGAUUUAUGAUGGCACAUUUAUCGCCUCAGAGCCAAGAGAGCUUCGAUUUUCGGAAAUAUAUCAAAAGGUCUUUAGAAGAAGACUUCAAAGUCGUCGUAGGAAUCAGUCCUCCAAUCUGGGCCUUUGCUGUGUUGUUCCUCCUUUCUAACACUCAUGGAUGGUACGCUCAUCUAUGGUUUCCAUUUAUCCCUCUGGUGAUAAUCUUAUUGGUGGGGACGAAGCUUCAGGUGAUAAUAACGGAGAUGGGACUUAAGAUUCAAGAAAGAGGAGACGUUGUGAAGGGGGUGCCCCUUGUCCAACCUGGGGAUGAUCUCUUCUGGUUUAACCGACCUCGCCUCCUUCUUUACCUCAUCCAUUUUGUGCUCUUUCAGAAUGCUUUCCAGCUCGCCUUCUUUUCAUGGAGCGCGUUACAAUUCGGGGUGAAAUCCUGUUUUCAUUCGCAAAAGGAAGAUGUGAUCAUCAGAAUCACAAUGGGGGUGUUCGUUCAGAUCCUUUGCAGCUACGUCACUCUUCCUCUCUAUGCUCUCGUAACGCAGAUGGGUUCGAGCAUGAAGGCGACGAUAUUUAACGAAAGAGUAGUGGCAGCCCUCAGGAAAUGGCACCACAGAGCGAGGAAGGAGGUUAAGAGGAAGCGCGGUUCGGUCGGCUCGGUGUCGGAAACGCCGUCGCCGUCGAUGUCACCGGUGUCUCUCUUACGAUACUACCGCAGUGAGGCGGACAGCGUGCACACGUCUCCCAGAAAAACAAGCAUGGAAGCCGAAUUUUCUGCAUCUCCGCCGCAUUACAGUAAUGCAGCUUCUUCGUCUAAUCAUCAGCGACAAGUGGAAAUGGAGCCUCAACUGGGACGUCAGCCUGGAACUCGAGCGCCUUCCUCUGCUGUGACGCAGCUUGAGAUUGAUAUUGCUCCCAACAAAGAAUUCUCCUUUGAUAAACGUGUUUCCGAUGAAGCGCUUAAUUAAUUAAUUAACUUCCAAAUAUAAGGUGGCCCACAUGUAUAUCAGGAAUUCCCAGUUUUGUGAAUGUCUAUUGCCGGCUUCCUGCCAAUCUUAUAUUUGUGUUUCUCAGUUUCUGCAUCUUAUUAUUUUAUUUUUAUCUGGUUAUAAAAUGUUUAUACGA